GGUCUUUUGCGUUAAAGUCUGCAACAAACAAAUGCUCCAAUAUAUCCACAUACCUUCUUUGAUAUGAUUCCCAACUGAAAUCCUUUUGUGAUUCAAUACCUUUAUAGACUGAUACGCUUUUUAAAAAUAGUAGUAGAUAUGUGACCUGGAUGAUGCGCGACAUGCAGAUAAUGGUCAGGACGUGGAUUUCUCUGGUUCAAAACAGAGCAAAAUGAAUCACAGUAAGUACAUCAAUGCGCUAAUGGUCUGGCCCAGACAAGGUAUCUCGAAAAAUAUAUGCAUAUAUUUAGGAUAUGAUCCAUAUUGUCUUGGUAAAAAAAGACUCGUCAUAUAAUCUUGAGGAUUUACCCAGCGUCGAGGCAAUCCACUUAACUAUGUGGUGCUGCAGACCUCAUAUUAUACGACAAAUUAUAGUAUAAUAGUCCUGUUCUGGACCGUGGAUUUAAUAGGACGCUCUGAAAGGGACUGUUUUUACUAAAGAAAGUUUAUACAUAAACAUUUACUAGAAUGAAUUAUAAUAAUAUCCACCAUUUCCUUGCUGGUUUUUCAGCUCCAAAAUGCCAUAUGCUGGUGAAGAUGAUGACAGCUUCAGCUCCAUCAGUGAUGACUUCCCUUACAAUGAGGAACUUCUGGAUGGGUGAGGUUCAUUAUAACUCCUCCUCACAAACACACCAAAGAAACCUUUUAAAUAUUGUCAACUCAAUUAACACAAAGCUCUCUGCUCCAUCAAGCCAGGAGAAAUAUAACACAAAACCUCAGGACAGUUCUUCUAGUGAUGGAAUUGGACACAGCAACUACAGCUUCAACUCUGAUGACAGCAAAGAAACGCCUCUUGAUUUCAAGAUAGAGUCUCCUCUGGAUGGCCAAGGCUAUAAUUUAGAUGCAGGAAGUCAAAACUCCCUCCGAAACCAAAACCCAAGCAAAGAGAAAGAAACUGAACACUUUCUCUUGCAGUACCAGGUUGAUCCAUCUAGUGGGAGAAAUCACGUCAACCUGGGCAAUAAAAACACGGACAGUGACAUCCCUGCGCCACCGAUCAGGAACAAUCAGGCUGGUUCUAGAACUGAGAUGAAAGGCCUGAACGCUCCUCAAGACGACGACAGCUGCAGCUCCAACUGCAACGUCUUCUCUCAGCCUGAGGUCAAGAACAAUGGCCCCCUGGAGAACUCCAGCAGUGCUUCUACCUGUAAACCCACCGUAGACCAGAGUAAUAAAAACCAGGACACUGGAACACAGGCACGUCUUAUCAGGAACAAGCAGGUCGGUUCUGGAACUGAGAUGAAAUAUCUGAACGCUCCUCAAGACGACGACAACUGCAGCUCCAACAGCAACGACUUUGCGUACUCUGACUUUCCCAAGAAGAUUCCUCUCAAUGGGCAAUACGAAGAUGCAGAUGCAGAGAGUUUAAACUUCCUCUCUGAUCAUAACCCAAGCACGAAGAAGUUUGAAACUGAAUAUCACCAGAGCAGGGCCUCCUUUGGCAUGUCUGUCUUCAACCUGUGUAAUGUCAUCAUGGGCAGCGGCAUCCUGGGUCUGUCCUUCGCUGUGGCCAACACCGGCAUCACCCUGUUUGUGAUUCUCCUGGUUUCCGUUGCCAUUUUCUCCUUGUAUUCUGUCCACUUGUUGCUAAAGACAGCAAAAGAAGCCGGUGAUGUUGUUUACGAGUCACUGGGUCACAAGGCCUUUGGGAUCCCAGGAAAACUGGCUGCUUCCUGCUCCAUCACCACGAUGAACAUUGGAGGCAUGUCAAGCUACCUCUACAUUAUUAAAUACGAACUCCCCGUUGUUAUUCAGUCCUUUACUGGAGCAAGUGAUGGUGAAUGGUACAUCAAUGGAGAUUACCUUGUGAUUCUGGUCUCAAUUAUUGUUAUCCUGCCUCUCUCACUGCUCAGGAACUUGGGUUACCUUGGUUACACCAGUGGUCUGUCUCUACUCUGCAUGGUGUUUUUUCUGAUUGUGGUGAUCAUAAAGAAGUUCCAGAUUCCAUGCCCUCUGCCUAUUCCUGACUCUGGAAAUGAAACCAUGCAUAUGUUCAACAGCGACAACGCCACGACAGAUGAUGACACUUGCAAGCCUAAAUACUUUGUCUACAACUCACAGACUGUCUAUGCUAUACCCAUCAUCACUUUUGCCUUCGUGUGCCACCCUACUAUCCUACCCAUGUAUGAUGAGCUCAAAGACCGGUCACGCCGAAAGAUGCAGAAUGUGGCCAACGUGUCCUUCCUGGCCAUGUUCAUCAUGUACCUGCUGGCUGCCCUCUUCGGAUACCUCACCUUCAACAUCCACGUGGGACCUGAGCUGCUCCACACCUACUCAAAGUUCUACAAGCACGAUAUUCUCCUGCUGGUUGUUCGUCUGGCUGUGCUGGCCGCUGUCACACUCACGGUUCCUGUGGUGCUCUUCCCUAUUCGUACCUCAGUCGGCCACCUGCUGUUCCCAAAAAAGGACUUCAGCUGGAUCCGUCACGUUAUUAUCACCCUGAGCCUGCUAGCAGGAACCACCAUUCUGGUCACCUUUGUCCCCAGCAUCAGAGAUAUUUUUGGCUUCAUUGGUGCCUCUGCUGCUGCAAUGCUGAUCUUCAUCCUGCCCUCAGCUUUCUAUCUCAGACUGGUUAAGAAGGAGCCAAUGAAAUCCAUGCAGAAGAUUGGGGCUCUGAUGUUCCUGAUAUUAGGAUUUGCUGUCAUGUUUGUCUGCAUGACUCUUAUCAUCUACGACUGGAUCGUGAACUCUAUGAAAGAUCAAGGUCACUGAAGCUCCAGCUCUUCUGCUGGUGGAGGGGGAAGCUUUCAGAGUCGGACUGCAACAAACACACAACCAACAAAAACAGUGUGACGAACAAAGCAAACCACAAAGACUCACUUGAUGCUCGGCUCUGGCUUUCUGAGCAAUGGACCGUACCAUUCCAAGAGAAUGUAUCUGAACUCUGUACAUUUUGCUGUUCUAGAUCACAAAGAUGGCGUUUCCCACUUUUUAUCAUACCUUUUUAAAUUAUAUUUUGCUUUUUACUUUUUUUCUGUUUCAUUAUCAUGGUAGCCUACAGCUGUUAACAAAAAGGCCUCACAACACAGACUGAAAAUUUGUAGUUUCAAACACAGCUUCCUCUCAGGUACAGUGUUAUUCGUGGGAGAGUGUAGCUGUGAACUCUGACCUCAGCGAGAACAUCCUGCUUAAC